GUGUGAGCUAUAACAUCCAGAACAGACUGCUAAGUUCUGGAGAGCACCCGAUGUCGUAUUUGUGUGGACUCAGCAAGGCAGUGAUUACAAUGUUGUUCUACUUUCUUUUUUCUCUUUUUGUGAAUCGGAUUGAGUCGAGUGACUGGGGCAUAAAAACUCUCUCGUCGGUUUACGCCCUGAAGGAUCACACUGCUUACCUGGACUGUGAAUUCUCUUUCCCAGAAGACCAUUCUUUCACAGCAGCGUUGUGGUACAAAGAUAGAUACUAUUUUUUCUGCAGAUCCCAACAAUAUUUUUGUAGUUAUUAUGGAAUUGUGAAUGACCCCAGGGUUAGCAUUUCAGAGGACAUAUCUACGAGGAGGAACUGCACACUCACCAUCAACAAUGUGAAGCUAAGCGACAAUGGGGAAUAUUCUUUUACAUUUUAUACACUCCGUGAUAGGUAUAGACGACCAGGCCCUCGGCUUCAUGUAAAUGCACGGCCUGAGAACCUCACCUUGUCAGUGCCCUCUGUCCUUCAAGCAGGCAACCAAACCACCCUCACCUGUUCUGUUCACAACGUGUAUCCCAGCGAGUCAGCCUCGCUGCAAUUUGAGAGUGAUGGGAUUGAGGGCACAACCACACAGCAGACCCAAGGGAGUGAUGACGGGACGUAUGUAAAGACUGUAACUUUCACAUUCACUACACAAUAUUUUCACAACCGGAAAAACCUUUCCUGCUCUGUAGCGCAUCCAAAUCUCACUCACACCCUGCAAGCUAAUGUCACUUUGGAUAUCAAAUACGGCCCUCGCAAUGUCAGUGUCUUGGUGUCUCCAAGUGGAACCAUCAAGGAAGGAGACGGCGUGGUGCUCUGGUGUGGAGCGGACUCGAACCCAGGAGUCUCUCGCUACUCCUGGUACAAGCAGCCCGCUGGGAGCAGCUCCUGGGUGGGGGUGACCGGAUCGGAGGGAGCCGAGCUCAGGAUACCCUUUGCGUCUCGGGCAGACAGCGGCCACUACCGAUGCAUUGCAGAGAACGGAGACGGUGAAGCAAGCAGAGCCACUUCGCUUGAUGUCCAAUACCCUCCAGACACGAUGCAGGUGAGCCCUUGUGAUAACCGUAGCCUGUGCUGGGUGUGUGAGGUCGAGGCGAACCCCGUUGCAAACCUCACCUGGCUUGAGGAUGGUGCUGCAGGAAGGAGGCUGAUGUCGGGAGGGGAACUGCUUCACAAUGGCACUAGAACCAGACUCAAGAUCCAGAUGACACAGGAAAAGGAGGCGCUCAUCUGUGCGGCAGUCAACUCUCAUGGACAAAAACAGGAAGUGAAGACAAUCAGCAAGAAAGGUGGCAUGGCAUUAAAUACUAUAAUUCCAACAGUAGCUGGGACACUGGCUGCAUUCAUUACUGCUGUUGCAGGGUUUUGCUUUGUGCGUGGAAAAGGGAGAGAGACCGGACACAGGGAUUCCUCCACGAAGGCGAGUCCUGAAGUUAUCUACGAUGUGGUUCAGAAUCUCACAGAGGAUCAGGAGCCGGUAGCAAAGGUGAGCAUUGAAGAGGAGGAGCUGGUUUACGCUGAUCUGGACCUGGCUCCCGGAGGAGAGAGGAAUUGGAAGCCUGUCCCAGAGUCUGAGCUGACUGAAUACUCAGAUAUCAAAACUUUGGCUUGGCUCAAAGCAGAAGACAUGGCAGCAAGCCAGGAGUAACAUUAAGAGUGAAUUGCAAACAUUUUACAAUUUCUGUAUUUCUUGCAGAAUAGAUAACUUAUUAAAUUACUGCUUAAGGAGGGCUGUAUAGUUUGCAUGCUGUGCAAUAAACAAAAUUCCCCAUUAGUUAUUAAUCAUAUAGAA